AUGAUUUGUGGAAUAUUGCUUGAUGCAACAUUCUUUGUUCAUAAUAAUAGAAAACUAAAUGUUGAAGAAAUAAGAGAAUAUGUAAAUAUAAUAAAUUCAUUUAUCCGAGUUUUAAAAGAAAUUCAUGAUAAUUCAUCAGUUUUUACAAUUGUUUAUGCUGGUAAAAGUGUAUUUGUAAAAGAAAGUGAUAGAGGAGAAUUAACUACACCAAUAGUAGAAGCAAUCAAAGAAGUAUUAAAUGAUAAAUUCCUUGUCAAUGAACCAAAUCUCUCAUCAGCAAUGUCAUUAGCCCUUACAACAAUUAAUAAAGAUGGUAAACUUCAACCAGACAUUCAGAAAAAAGUAAUUGUUAUAUCAACUCCAUUCGAAAGUUCACCAAAAUUUAUUCCUCUUAUGAACUGCGUUUUUGCUGCACAGAGAAUUAAAACAACCAUUGAUACAAUUGUAUUAAGUAUAAUUGAAACAGGAUGCACUUUUUGUCAACAAGCUUCAUACUUAACAAAUGGAAUUUACAAUACUGCUCCACUUCAAUCUCUCUUUCCAAGACUAUUAAGUAAUAAUACUUCUGAUUGUGACACUGAAAAAAUAAUUAGAGUAACUGGAAAUCAACAAUCUGCAAUUGACUGGAAGUUAUGGUGUUUCCAUUGUAAAAAACCAUUAGAUCAUGGGUAUGUAUGUUCGUCCUGUUUUGGUAUUUAUUGUGAAAAACAAAAAGAACGUUGCCCAACUUGUGGAGCAUAUUUUGAAUAA